CUGCUAAAACGGAUGUACGUGAAUUGCUGUCCCACUGUACAGUGCUUUUUUUUAACAAAAAGAGUCUGAGCAGAUUUUAGAUGGAGAGAAGGUCAUUACACGAAGCAGAGAAGAGUGCAGCCUACGACUACCUGUGUCGACUGGAUGAGGCUAAGAGAUGGAUUGAGAGCAUCAUCUCUGAAGAUUUACCUCCGGUUACUGAGUUUGAAGAUGUAAUAUCAAAUGGUGUAUACCUUUGCAAACUUGGAAUGAAAUUAUUACCAAAUAAUCCUGAAUGGAAAAAAGUUUACGAUUUAGAUCAAACUAAAUUCAGGGAGAGAGGGCUUGAUUUCAGGCACACCGAUAAUAUCAAUUUCUUUUUAAACUGUCUACCAAAACUAGGACUACCCAAAGUGUUUUAUCCAUGUGUGACUGAUAUCUUUGAGAAGAAGAACCCAAUGAAACUAACCUACUGCCUACAUGCAUUAUGUCAUCUAUUGAAACAACAAGGAAAGGUUGAUAUGGCUUUGAGUUCUGCAGCUGUCGCUAAUGGUAGCCCUAGAUUCACUGAGAAUGAGCUUAAAUCUGCUAACCAAACACUGAGGAAUGGGGAGGGUGUUCCUUCAUUUGAAGUCAUUGAUAGAUUAGUCCAAGAAGAAUUACAAUACACUAAUAUUGAGAUAUUCAAUGAACAAGUUGUUGAAGAAGAGCCACUCCAGCAGUCGUCUCCAACACUCCCAACCCCCAAGACCCCAGCCACUGAUGAUGAUGAAAGUGAUGAUGAUCUUUUUGAUGAUCCAAAAUAUAUUCAAAUGGCUGGUGGUACAAUGGUUGCUCAACCGAGCAGUCCUGUUUUUGAAAUGGGACCAUUGCUUCAGAAUCUAAAGUGUCACGGAGUUGGAAUAGUAGCCACACUUUAUCCUUGUACAUCAGACAGGACCAGCAAUGGAUCCGAUGAAUUUAAUAAGGCUUUGUAUAACAUCAACUGUUGUGUUGAGGCUGGCUCUCCUCUUGAGACCCUCCGCUCUUUACAGAAACCAGCUGGGAACCUUCCGUUCCCUUACCUUGAAGCUGAAGACUAUCAGUUAGCAUUGGAACAAGAGAAAAAAGAAGGAUUUCCACAGAAAACAAUUGUGGUGUAUUCCGGGCUACACAGACAGCUCUGUGACUCACUGCUUGACAAAAUGAGGCCAGGUGCUUAUCUGCUAAGAGAAAGCACUACACUCUCAGACAGAGAUUUUGUAUUUUCAUUUCGUAACGAGAUUGGGAUAAAGCACUGGAAACUGAAUGUCAGUGAAGACGGAAAAUUCACUUGGGGAAAAGGAAAUAAAACAUUCAGCAGUCUUGAAUCAUUCAUACAGUAUUUUGUAUCGGCCUUGGCUAAAGUUACCAAGUUAUACAUAUAUCCUGGGACAACUUUCAUGUUGCAGCUAUCACAGUCUUCACUAACCACCGAGCAACAUAAAUCAAUACAGUCACUUAAAACUCCGCCAAAUUUACUGACAUACGGUCAACUAGUCUACGUCAUUAAUGAUGUUAAUUCAAGGAUUAGGAGACAAAGAGCCACCACUACUAGAGAAAGAGAUAAUACUGGUGGAAGUUCUAAAGCCAGCCCUGCUGUGGCUAGGAGGGAAACAAAGCAGAAAUUAGAGCAAGGUCCAGUACCAGCUAACCCACUGAACAAAGUUAAUCUUGAGUUGAUUGACGAUGACCCAUGGAACAAUUCACUUUUAUUUUCUGUUAGCAGAUCAAAAGCGGAAGAUUUGCUAGACACUGAGGGAUACCCGGGCUCUUUUCUAGUUCGCCCUAGUGAAAAAGUUCCUGGAGAUUAUGCCCUCGCUUUUCGUACAAGAAACGAGAUACGGCACUGGAAGAUUGUCAAGUCCAAUCAUAAGUAUUAUGUACAUCCAAGACCUAAUUCAUAUUCCUCUGUUGCCGACAUAGUUCAACAUUUCAGAGAUGCUGUUGGAGCAGAAACUGGCCUAGUAAUGUCACCUUUAAGACCUCGAAAAAAUGAACCUCCUCCAGUGGAGAAAAAGAAUUCGGUUGAUAAUUCCGCUAUACAUGUACAUGCAUUAGACGAUCGCUCGGUCACACCUCCUCCUCUUCCUCCCCUACCUCAUAAACCUGAUUAUAGACAAUCAGAAACAAUGAAUGUACUACCCACCCCCUCCCUCUCUCGUUUGAACCCUGCUAAUAUCACCAGCUGGUCCACUGAUGAUGUAGCAACCUGGCUUUGUCAACAAGGGCUGGGCCAAUUCUCCCCCAUCUUUAUAGAGAACUGUGUCGACGGGGAAUGUCUGCUGACUCUUGAUAAUAAUUUACUAAAAGAUGACCUUGGGAUAACUCAAUUAGGAUAUAGAUCUAAGAUAAUGAAGAGAGUCCAAGCAUUAAAGGCGAUGUUACAUCCUGAACUAUAACAUAGAUACAGCCACAUAAUUUUAAAUUGAUAUUUGUGAUACACACACACACACACACUGGUAUGUUUACUGUUUUAUUAUGAUAGUUUUUUUAUUUGUGGAGUUUCUAAAAUGAUGAUUAUUAUGAUUCUCACUUAGUGCAAA